GUCCACAGAGAAGGGAUGAGAAAGAGAGGGCCAGGCAUGUCCUGUCACCAGCAGCGUCCUGUUGCCUCACUGUCAUGCCUAUAGUUGUGGCCACAAUAGGUGAAGCUUAGCCCAGGUGUUGGCGCGCAUUGUCUGCAAGCACAGGCGUGCAAUUUACCUGGAAGUGUAUAAUUAUGAGUUUGUCACUAAACCCGGGCCUGUCGCCUUCUUCACCCAGUUGGAGGCGACUUUAUUUCAGCGCUAAAUCCAGAUCACGUGACUUGCGCGCACAGAAAACAAAAAUCAGAUAUAUGAAUUAAUUAAUUAAUGAAUUGAGGUCGUUAACGUGUCCCCGUCCUGACGUGUGGUUUGCGCAGUGGAAGUGAGUCGGUGACUUAAGGGGUUAAGAAUAGCUGAUGCGCGGCGGUAAAUGAAGUGUCGGUUUUCAGCGCAAACUCCUCCUCUACGGACCGACUGCGCUUUUUCUUCCACUUCAACAACCAAGUAGUUCUCGGAGCGCAUUCCCCGGCAGCAAUGUGGAGGGAAGAGGCGAGCCGUUGAUUUCCUUUUUUGUUUGUUUUUAUUCUUUUUUUAUUUUUAAAAACACUUUCUCAUCCUCUUCAUUUGUUUUUAAUUUUUGGGGUGUUUUUACUUUUUUUUUAUUUGGAGAAGUGUUUCCGAAGUGAAGAAAGUGGGAGCUUUUCCUCUGUUUUCCGCUUUCGCCUUGUUUUUUCUUCUUCUCACUCACACAUGGAUGUUAGGAGAUGAGAUCGGACGUGUUGCUCGCUCUCGACUAGGCUCCCCCGACGCUUGGGUUGCUUCUGUGAGAGGAAGAAAGUCCUCAGAUCCACGCAAAAGAACCGCAAAGUUGAGCUGCUCCGGAGGCGAAAGUUUUGGCCAAAGCUGCUCCGAACGCGACAUUUGCAGUGUGGAUUUAUGAACGCGCCAUGGAGCGAGAAUUAAGAAUGGAACGGGAGUUUUGAAACAUGAACUGUUUCUUAUAGUUGCUUCUCUGCGCCAGUUUGGACUAAGAGAUAAAAAAACUGUUUUGUUGAAAGUUUCUAAUUUUUGUUUAGUUUGAGCUCAUCCACUGGUGUGCAGAAAUGCCUCAACUAAACGGAGGCGGCGGGGAUGACUUAGGGGCCAACGAUGAAAUGAUCCCCUUCAAAGACGAAGGGGAGCAGGAGGAGAAGAUCUCCGAAAACGUUUCCGCGGAGAGGGACUUGGAUGAUGUGAAGUCGUCCCUCGUGAACGAGUCGGAAAACAACAGCAGCUCGUCUGACUCCGAGCAAGCAGAGAGGCGCCCCCAAACCAGACCAGACUCAGAAAGUUAUGAGAAAACAAGAGAGUACUUCAGUGAAGCCUUGAGGAGACAGCAAGAUGGUGGCUUUUUUAAGAGUCCCCACUACCCUGGCUACCCGUUCCUCAUGAUUCCAGACCUCACCAAUCCCUACCUAUCCAACGGCUCACUGUCUCCCGGUGCAAGAACAUAUCUGCACAUGAAGUGGCCCCUCCUGGAUGUUCCCGGCUCUGCAGGAAUAAAAGACUCCCGUUCUCCAACACCAGGACAUUUAUCCAAUAAAGUCCCCGUGGUACAGCAUGCCCACCAUAUGCACCCGCUGACGCCUCUCAUCACCUACAGCAGCAAUGACCACUUUUCCCCCGGCACGCCGCCAUCACACCUCUCGCCAGAGAUCCUCGACCCAAAGACAGGUAUCCCUCGGACGCCUCACCCAUCAGAGCUUUCUCCGUACUACCCCCUGUCUCCUGGUGCCGUCGGUUCCAUUGCACACCCUUUGAGCUGGUUCAUGCCACAGCAGGGCCAGCCCAUGUACUCCAUCCCUCCAGGGGGAUUCCGUCACCCCUAUCCAGCAUUGGCGAUGAAUGCAUCCAUGUCCAGCUUAGUGUCCAGCCGCUUCUCGCCUCACAUGGUGACGCCUCCUCCGCACAGUCUCCACCAAACCGGCAUUCCCCACCCUGCCAUCGUCUCGCCGGCCAUCAAGCAGGAGCCCAGCGGAGACAACAUCAGCCCCUCCAUGCAUGCCAGGAAGUCCCCGGUUCCUGCCAAGAAGGAGGAGGACAAGAAGCCACAUAUCAAAAAGCCCCUGAACGCUUUCAUGUUGUAUAUGAAGGAGAUGAGAGCCAAAGUGGUGGCAGAGUGCACUCUGAAAGAGAGUGCCGCAAUCAACCAGAUCCUUGGGAGACGGUGGCAUUCUCUGUCAAGAGAGGAGCAAGCCAAAUACUAUGAGCUGGCCAGGAAAGAGCGGCAACUCCACUCCCAACUCUAUCCUGGAUGGUCAGCGAGAGAUAACUACGGAAAGCGGAAAAAGAGGAAGAGAGAGAAUAAACCAGACUCAAAACCAGAGGACUUCUCAAUAAGGAGUAAGAAGCAGUGUGUGCAGUACCUGCCCUCAGAGAAGAUGUGCGACAGCCCGGCGUCCUCUCACGGAAGCAUGCUGGACUCGCCGGCCACGCCCUCUGCUGCCUUGGCCUCCCCCGCCGCGCCCGCCGCCACUCAUUCGGAGCAGGCCCAGCCCCUAUCGCUCACCACCAAGCCGGAGGGACGCAUGCACCACCACUUCUCUCUACCUGGGAAGGCCUCUGGAUCCUCCUCCUCUUCCUCCUCCUCCUCUACCUCCUCCCAGACCGCCAUCUCUGUCCCCUCUGGCACUUCAGGUAGCCAGUCGUCCACACCCAUCCUCACCCGGCCGAUCCCCUUCACCUCCCUGCACCCCUCCAUGCUUUCCCCACCUUCCCCGUUCCAUCAGGCAGCCGUGCACUCCCAUCAUUCCCUGUUCCAGUCACAGCCCCUCUCUUUGGUCACCAAGCCCACCGAGUGAAUCCACACGAGCAAUUCUCUCUCAUUUAUUGUGCUGUAUAUUGCUUUUUGUUUUUUCUUUCAAAUAGGUAUUAGAACAGCUUUUUUUCUAAGUAACGAAAAGGAAGAAAUAUUAUUGGUCAAUAUUUGACCGCCUCCUUUUCUACGCCUCUCAAUGAAAAUGUAUUUUUUGUAAAGUUUUAAGGCAGAACUGGGUUCUUUUUGAUGCAUUUAUCCAAUGAACCUCUUGUAUAAAAGAACUGUUGUACAUAAAGUUUCUUUUAUAAAAACAAAAAGAAAAAAAAGAACGUCAGUACAAGAAAAAGAAACAAAAAGACAUUUUCCUUUUUAGCCAAAACCUAAUUAAGGUUAGUAUGAAGUUUUUAAGUCCUAGUUCUGGCCAAUAAUUCCAAUCCCCUUGGAAAUCCACCAGUGUGUGCCCCUUCGUUGACAUGUUAAAUAAACAUUUGAAAUUGUUUCUUAAAGCAAA